AGUCGCGACGCUUCAAGAGGAAGCCCCGUCCUGGCUGCUGAGAUGUGUGCCCACUCUCACCUUCAGCGUCUCUUCUGAAGGCUGCACUGCAGCCACCAUCUGAGAAGUGUGUGGGAGGCCCAUGACCCUGCAAGAGAGCAGCCUGAGCUGACCUGUGUGCUAGGAGAUGUGGUUGCAUCGGGCUCUGGCUGCCCAGCCGUGCUGGGCCACGCCACAGGGCCCUGCCAGUGGGCUCUGAGCACCUGCCUGCUGCAUCAUUUCUGCCUGUAACGCUCGCCCUGCAGAAGCCCCACUGCAGCCCCCACCCACGAGGAUGCUGCUGCUUCUGCUCGCUCUUCUGCUGGGAACAGCCCUGGCCUUUGCUCCUGGACCGAGGAUUACCUGGGAGCACAGAGAGGUGAAAGUGCUGCAGUUCCAUGAGCCGGGAGUCUUCAACUACUCUGUCUUGCUGCUGAGCGAGGAUGGGAACACCUUGUAUGUGGGCGCCCGAGAAGCCGUGUUUGCCCUCAGCGCCCUGAACAUCUCCCACAAGUUGCAUGAGGCUCGGUGGAAGGUCUCAGAAGAUAAAAAAGCAAAAUGUGCAGAGAAGGGCAAGUCCAAGCAGACCGAGUGUCUCAACUACAUCCGUGUGCUCCAGCCACUCGGCCCCGGGGCUCUGUACGUGUGUGGCACCAAUGCCUUUCAACCUACCUGUGACCACCUGAAUUUAACAUCGUUCCAGUUUCUGGGGAAAAAUGAGGAUGGCAAAGGGAGGUGCCCCUUCGACCCAGCCCAUACCUACACAUCGGUGAUGGUUGAUGGAGACUUAUAUUCUGGGACGUCCUACAACUUCCUGGGGAGUGAACCCAUCAUCUCCCGGAAUUCUUCACACAGCCCCCUGAGGACAGAAUAUGCGAUUCCAUGGCUAAACGAGCCAAGUUUUGUCUUCUCGGAUGUGGUGCGGGAGAGUCCUGACAGCACCACAGGCGGGGAUGACCGUGUGUUCUUCUUCUUCACUGAAGUGUCUGUGGAAUAUGAGUUUGUCUUCAAGCUCCUAAUCCCUCGCGUGGCACGGGUAUGCAAGGGGGACCAAGGUGGCCUGCGCACCCUACAGAAGAAGUGGACGUCGUUCCUCAAGGCCAGACUGGUGUGUGCCAGGCCUGACAGCAACCUGGUCUUUAACGUGCUGCAGGAUGUGUUUGUCCUUCGGGCCAAGGACCUCAAGGAGCCUGUGUUCUAUGGGGUGUUCACUCCACAACUGAACAAUGUGGGACUGUCGGCAGUGUGUGCGUACAACCUGUCCACAGUGGAGGCUGUCUUCUCGAAAGGCAAAUACAUGCAGAGUACCACAGUGGAGCAAUCCCACACCAAGUGGGUGCGCUACAAUGGGGCCCUGCCCACGCCGCGACCUGGAGCGUGCAUUGACCGUGCAGCACGGGCUGCCAACUUCUCCAGCUCGCUCAGCCUGCCUGACAAAACCCUGCAGUUCGUCAAGGACCACCCGCUCAUGGAUGACUCUGUGACCCCAGCAGACAACAAGCCACGACUCAUUAAGAGCGGCGUGAACUACACGCAGAUUGUGGUGGACCACACCCACACCCUGGACGGGAUGGCCUAUGAUGUGUUGUUUGUUGGCACAGACCGGGGUGCCCUGCACAAGGCCAUCAACCUAAACGGUGAUGCCCACAUCAUCGAGGAGAUUCAGCUGUUCCGGGACUCAGAGCCUGUGCAGACACUCCUGUUAUCUUCCACAAAGGGCCGGAAGUUUGUUUAUGCAGGCUCCAAGUCAGGAGUAGUGCAGGUCCCCGUGGCCUUCUGUAAACACAGCUCCUGCCAGGACUGCGUGCUGGCCCGAGACCCCUACUGUGCCUGGAGCCCCGCGGAGGCCACUUGUGUGUCCCUGAAUGAGACUCACAGCUCCCACAGGUCUCUGAUCCAGGACAUGAGUGGAGACGUGUCCAGCUGCCCAGAUAAAUUUAAAGAAAGUUUCCGGCAGCAUUUUCUCAAGCACGGCAGCACAGCCGAACUCAAAUGUUCCCAAAAGUCCAACCUGGCACGGGUGGUAUGGAAGUUCCAGAAUGGCGUGGUCGCGGCCGAGAGCCCCAAAUACAGCCUUUUGGGCAGGAAGAAUCUGCUCAUCUUCAACCUGUCCGAGGGGGACAGUGGGGUAUACCAGUGCUUGUCCGAAGAGAAGGUUCGCAAUCGGACAGUCUUGCAGCUGCUGGCCAAGCACGUCCUUGAGGUCCGGGUACCCCUUCAGACCAUGCCGGCCUCCCGCCCUCCUGUCACCCGCACAGAAAGCAGCAAGCUCACCCCCAGAGCAUUCGGGGGGCCCACCCAGGACUCCCCUCCGCAAACCCCCAUGCCACGAGCCCCCAGACCCAGUGCUGCCACCCUGCCUGCCAGCUCAGCGCCCACCAGUACCGCUUGUGAGCACAAGAUAGUCAUCAACACAGUGCCCCAGCUGCACUCGGAGAAGACGCUGUACCUCAAGUCCAGUGACAACCGCCUCCUCAUGUUCCUCUUCCUAUUCUUCUUUCUCCUCUGCCUCAGCCUCUUCUCCUACAAUUGCUACAAGGGCUAUCUGCCCAGCCAAUGCCUCAAGUUUCGUUCAGCUGUACUGUUGGGAAAAAAGGAGCCAGCGCCUGACUUUUCCGACUGUGAGCAGAGUGUGAAGGAGACACUGGUGGAGCAGGGCAGCUACUCCCAGCACAAUGGCACACAGGCCAGGCCAGCCCUGGAUACGGGCUAUGAGACAGAGCAGGACACCAUGGCUAGCCGGGCACCCACCGACCGCGAGGAUUCACAGAAACUGGACGAUCUCCCCAUCCGGGACCGGCCAUUUGACGUCAAGUGCGAGCUCAAGUUCGCCGACUCAGAUGCCGACGGGGACUGAGGCAUCAGCCCUGUAUGCUCUUGGUCUUCCCUGUUCUGUUUCUUGGUCCCCUGGUACAUCAGGGUGGUCACAAACCUCCGUCUUCUGUGUCUCUUUCUCUUGGGUCAAGCGUGUAAUGUGGUGUCUUUGUUUUCUGGGAAGACAGUGAACCCGACCCAACCUUGAGGUGACUUGGGGGACUGGGAGUACUUGGACGGGGUCCUCACCCAGGGAUGGGAACAAUGGGACCACCACGGGCCCCUGCGUCCGCCCCUGAUCCCAUCACAGCCACUGAACGAUAAUUUAAUUCCAGAUUGGAAAUAAUGUUUUAGUUUUAUCAGAUUGGUAACUUAUCGUGUGUUGCCCAGAUUUGCACGGACCUUUUUUUCUCUGUAAUUUUUAUUUUAAUUAAGUUUAGGAUUUGGCUUCACUUAUGUCGGUCUAUUAGGUCAUCGUUUUGGUUUCUUUCUUUUAAUUGCUGAAGUGUAGAUGCUUUAAUCUUUUGAAGAGGGACCGCCACUAGAUUAUGUUUCUGUCAGAAUAAAGAUAGGACUUACGUUGUUUCAGAUUCUCAGGGAUAAACUUAUUUUUGCUAAAUGCAUUCUCUUCACUUUUUUUUUUAGAAAUACAAACAAAACCCAUCUCUCCAGCUCACAGGCAACUUUUUAAAUUUUUUUAUUUGAUUCCUUGAGGGAAACUUGGUUUUCAGAGAGAUUUUCUUUCUGUACUUUUUGUUGUUAUUGUUCUCUUCUUUGACAUUUUUUUCAAGGGGGAGAGGAGGUGGGAGAUUUUCACACCUGCACCAGGGAAGGGGGAGCUGGGGGGUCAGCCCAGCUGUAUGUCCCUUCUGCGUACCAGGCCAGUGAAAAGUUGUCAGGUCAUCUCAGCGCCACCAUCUGUUCCUUCUCCCUCAACCCACUGCCCCCAUUCACUCUCAUGUGCUGUGCCCUUGGAACCUGUUUGAUGGCAGGGGCAAGGGAGAUCCCUACACCCAGAGAGGCCCCUGCCACAGCCCUCUGGCCCAGUGAAAGAGCCAGUGUUUUCCAGGCAGGGAGCCCAGCUGUGUUCAGCCAGGGAAAGUCCCCCAGCUCCAAAGGACUGUUUUGGUGUCAUGUUCGUGUUUUAUAAGAUUUACUUUGUUUUUAUUUUUCUACCUGGAAUUGUAUACAUUUGCAAAGUAAUCAAAUAAACUAGACACUUAUAUCCUGGA